AUGUCUAAAGAUUGGACCCACGUCUUCGCCCCGGGAGUUUCCCAAGCCUCCAUCACCUUCACCAACAUGCAACUCGAGGACCGAAUCGUCGGAGAAAUUCACAAUCGCUGCCCCUUCUCCGUGUUUGUGCGUCAAGCCAUCGCCGCAACCUCGUCUGGCGACGGAGCUCAGUGCGAGAACGGACCAAGCGAGUCUCCCGAAGUCGAGCUCCUACCGGUAUUGAUGUGGCAGACGCCGCACUCAGCUAGGAUGGAUCAAUGCGGUCACAGCAUCAAGGUUCCUCGUAAUGGUGGCGACGCCAACGUCUACCAGGUCGAGUACUCCAUCUCUGGUAUAAUCUCAGCGCAGAAGAUGGCACCCCGUUUCAAGACGUCGAGAGAUGGCUUGGUGCAGGGGUGA